CGUUUUACUCCUCCCCCGUCACCCGCCCUCGCCCCUCUCCUUCUCAUCUCAGCCCACCCCACACACUCUCUCUUUGCUUUCAUUGAAGUGCUCCAACAUAGCCGCUGCCGUUGCAGUAAGAGCAGUUGAAGGAGUUUCGGACCAGAGAGUCUACUUUUCUAUAAAGGGGUGAGGUUUUGCAAUCGACGCAGACUAUUGAGAUCACCAUCUGAUCUUCUAUCGUAUUUUUCUUCCUCCUCACAACCUUAACCAUCUCUCUCCCUUCUUCUUCAUUCCUUGCUGGACUAUUUUGUGGGUAUCGUUCUAUCCAAUCCCUACUUCGGCUCUUGAACUUGUAGGUAACGCAAAAUGUCGCCUUUGCAGAGUUUGUACUCUUUUUUUUUCGUGAUCCUUGCUAAAUCUUCCAUGAAUGUAGUUUGAUGUAGCAGACAUAUUCCUCUGUUUUUUUUUUGGGGGGGGGGGGKGGAUUUUGGUUUUUGUUAACCGAGGUUCGGCUAGGUUUCAGAUUCGCUCGUAUCACGCUUCUCAUUAAAUUCAUGUGUGGGGUUGACGUGCUCUGUUCCUAUUGGUAACGCAGCCUACCUAGUGCAGCUAAUCCGGACACACGACACACCCUAGCGUCUCUAACUCUGUUGCAAUCUCUCUGUUUCAUCAAGUUUUGCCUGAAGCAUGGAGAGUAAGUUAGGCGAGAAAUCUCGAAAAGAAAGGCGAAAAGAAGCUCGAUCAGAGAAGCAGAAGAGUCGGUAUUUAUCGUGGAUUGAACAUCAGAAAUCUAGCAAAUUGAAGAGGGUUUCUGUUGAGACCAAACCGGAAGUUAAGAAGAAAACCAAAGGAGCGUGUAAUGAGAUUUCAGAAAGGAAAGAAGUUAGACAUUCAGAUGGGAGGGAUAUAAGUGAAGAGCAACCUUCAUUGCCUGAGAGAAUGAAUUUAUCAUGUGAUUCUGAUCAUACAACGCAAACAAUGGUGAAGCGGAAGAAGAAUUUGAAGAGGAAAUCAAAGACAAAGUUUGAAGAGUAUAUUGAGAUGGAGAUGAAGAAAGGUGUUGUGUCUGCUGAGGAAGAUUUGGAAUUGGAAAGGAAACUUGCGAAGAAGCUCAAGGUGAAAGGUGGAAGAUUGCGGGGAACAGAUGAUGGGAUCAGUGAGUUAUUUGAUGGAAUUCCAUCUGUUCUUGAUUCAUUAGUGGAUGAAGAAAUUCUAGAUGCUGAAGAAGCUCUUGUAAAGAGCUCUAAUCACAAUUCUACUAGUAAGAAACAUAAGAAGAAGCAGAAACAGUUGCUGGAUGCAUCAGAACAAGAACCAGAAGAUGAGGUUGUUAGUGAUAUGACCAUUGGAGGGCUUGAUGAGAGAGAAGCUUCUUUGUUUGAUGAAUCCAAGUUGAACAUGGAUUCAUCUCAUGGUUCUGCCGGUACAAAGGUAGCAAAGGCGAAGGGGAGGAAGACCUUGAAGCAAAAGUCAAAGACAAAGUUUGAAGAGUAUAUCGAAAUGGAAAUGAAGAAAGGUGUUGUAUCUGCGGAAGAAGAUUUAGAACUGGAAAGGAAGCUUGCAAAGAAGCUCAAGGUAAAAAGUGCAAAAUUGAGGGGCACCGGUGAUGGACUCAAUGAAUUGUUUGAUGGAAUUCCAUCUGUCCUUGACCACCUGGAGGAUAAAAAAGUCCUAGAAGCUGAAGAACAUCAUGAAAAGUGUCCCAAUCACAGUUCUAGUAAGAAACAUGAUAAGAAGCAGAAGUUUCUUGAUGCACUGGAAAAUGAACCAGAAGAUGUGCUGGGGGGUGAUGUGAACAUUGGAGGACCUGAGCAGGUGGAAAAUGGUGGCACUGAGGUGGCAUUGGAAGAACCUUAUUCCAAGUCCUCUGCAGUGGAUGGAAAUGCAAAGUACAUACCUCCACAUUUGAGACAUUCUUCAGGACAAGGGUCAGAAGAGUCCCAAUUCCGUCGAAGGAUGCAUGGACUCCUAAAUAGGCUUUCUGAAUCAAAUGUGGAAAAAAUUACAGGGGAAAUAUCCAGCAUCUUCAGAUCAAUUGUUCGCAGCACCAGUUCUCAGAUAAUCAGUGAGGAAGUUCUUACAUUCUUUUCUGGAGGCCCUCGCCAAACUGAACAGAAUGUUGCUGGUUUUGCAGCUUUUGUUGCUGGCAUGGCAUGUUUGGUUGGGAUUGACUUCAGUGCAAAGCUUUUGGCUUCCCUUGCAAAAUCUUUCGAGGAUGCAUAUAUGAAAGAAGAUAGCAUUUCCUUGAGAAACCUAACCCUUCUGCUCUCUUAUCUGUGCAUAUUUGGUGUUUGCUCAAGUGAUUUGAUAUAUGAUUUUCUGAUCAUGUUGAGCAAGCGUUUGAUGGAGAUGGAUGUUUCCACUAUCCUGACAAUUCUACAGUGUUGUGGAAUGAAACUAAGGGGUGAUGAUCCAGCUUCCAUGAAAGAUUUUAUAUCGAGUGUUCAGAAUAGAGUGAAUGAGUUGAAAUUCCCUUCUGGAAGUACAACACCUGGCCAGCCAAAGAUAAACAAUAAAAGGAUGGAAUUCAUGCUUGAGACCAUAAUUGAUAUCAAAAACAACAAAAGAAGAGUUAAAGAGGAUCCUGUUCCACAUACACGGAUAAAGAAGUGGCUACAGAAGUUAAGAGUGGAAGAUAUUUUACUUCGAGGGCUCAAAUGGAGCAAGCUGCUUGAUCCCCACAAAAAGGGCCAGUGGUGGUUAUCAGGGGAUGUUGUCUCUGAAACAGAUAACAUCAAAGAGGUUGCCAGCACCAUAGACCGUGAGGUUCUGGAAGCCCAAAAAUUGCUGCAGAUUGCAGCUGCACAAAGAAUGAAUACAGAUACCAGGAGGGCGAUUUUUUGUAUAAUAAUGAGUGGUGAAGAUUACAUGGAUGCUUAUGAGAAGCUUCUAGGUUUGGGUUUACCUGGGAAACAGGAUAGAGAGAUCAUGAGAGUCCUUGUUGAUUGCUGUUUACAAGAGAAAGUAUUCAAUAAGUACUACACUGCUUUGGCAUCUAAAUUGUGUAGCCUUGACAAGAACCACAAGUUCACUUUACAGUAUUGCCUGUGGGACCACUUCAAAGAACUUGAUUCGAUGGAGCUUCAUAGAUCAAUGAACUUGGCAAGAUUCGUUGCAGAGAUGCUUGCCUCCUUUACCCUCUCCCUUGCAGUCCUGAAGACUGUCGAGCUAAGUGACCCCAAGCAGUUGAGUGCCAAAAGGGUUAUGCACUUCCGAAUGCUUUUUGAGGCUGUUUUGGAGCUCUCAGAUGCACUCGUAUGGAACAUCUUCACUCGCAUAGCUGGAAUACCUGAACUUGAGUCUCUUAGAAAUGGCCUUGGGUUCUUCAUCAAGCAGUAUGUAGUGAAUGAUAACAAAGUUUUCUCUGCAAAGUUUAAGGUUGCAAGAAAGGCCCUCGAAAAUGUUGCAGGAGUCCUGAUGUAAGUUUUUGAUACACUUUUUCAGCUAUACCAAAUUGUAUUAUUUGCCCACACAUGGUGUAUGCUGGGGUUGUUUUGGGAGGUAGAGGUUUGCUUCAUAAAGUAUUGUUACACCUCAAGUGAAUCAUGAAAGAUUAGAUUUAAUGGCUUCAUGUAUUAUUCUUUCCUAUGCAAUCAAAUCAAGUGCUUGUACUGGUAAAAAAAAGGUUAAAAGAAAUGUAGGCAAACCACAAGCACUCAAAGAGAA